GGAAGUGCUAGUCUUUCCAUGAGGAAAAGGAGAUCAAGCGAACUUUGAGUAGAAAGCAAGCAAAAAAAAAGGGGGCCUUGAAAAACCAGACUUUCAACUUUUCCAAAGGUUGAAGUAAGCAUAUAUACCACCAUGAAAUGAGCUCAUGCAAGCACAAAAGGAUAUUUGUUUAAACGGUGCACUAAUACCCAUAAAAUACACAUUUAUGAUUGCACUUUUAGCAUUCCUUCAUACAUACAAUACUUCUCCAACCAAAGAUAGUACUAGUAGUGCAUCGAAUUUUUCACCCAAAGAAUCAAUCUUUAUCCCGAACAGAACCGCUUGUCUACUCUUCCCCAAAGAAUCAAUCUUUAUCCCAAACAGGACCACUUGUCUACUCUUCUUCCUUUACUCUUGACGAUUCUAGGGGUUACCAAAUUGCUUGUGUAUAAAACCUCACAUUGUUCUACCUUUAGGUCUUUCAGUGCACUGAAAUUAGAGUGCAAAAGUGAAGCAAAAGCACAACCAGAAGCCUCUGCAUCUGGUGGCAUUGCACCAACAGAAAUUGCAACUGGAUCAUGGCAACAAGCAAAGGAAGAAGGAGUGCAAGGAUGCUUCUUUUCUGCCUGACUUUAGCUACUAUUUCUCUCACUCAUUGUGAUGCAAAUAGAUCAAUAAGGCUGUUGAAAGCCCCUAAACACAGAAGAAUUGUAAUCAACAAGAACCCAAAGAAGUUGAAAAUAAUGAAGCAUUUUGAUUUUGAUCCAUCUAUAUAUUCAUCAAAUGCACAACCCUAUGGUAUUAGCUCUCCAUUAUCUUUGCCUCCUUAUGAAUCACUAGCUCCAGGAAAAAGCCCUCCAUAUUGUGUAUACCCACCACCAAGUAGCAGUACUCCUUCUACCACUAUUCCAACACCCACAAGCUCACAACCUACCCAACCAUCACCUCCUUACACCUCACCUGAUCUUCCAUCCCAAAGCCCACCUCCAGGCCCCACAACCGUAACUCCUAGCCCACCGGAAAACUUUCCAACACCAACACCUGAAAUUGUUCCAAGCCCACCAGAUAACUUUCCAACACCAACACCUGAAAUUGUUCCAAGCCCACCCAGUAACAUACCAGGCUCACCAGAGCCUAUACUGAAUCCCCCCAUCAUUUUUCCAGGUCCACCCGGGCCAUCGAUGAGCCCACCUUAUUUUGAGCCCGCUCCACCAUACUACGAGCCAACACCACCAUUCAUACCUUCCCCUACUGGUGGCAGUGGCAGUAUCCCCAGCCCACCAAGUACUUUUCAAUCCCCUAGUGGAGGUACUAUCCCAAGCCCAACUGUAUAUCAGCCACCCGUAGUCUACCCCCCACCAAGUGUGCCGCCACGGUCCAACACCGCCCCACAGGCCAGCUUGUGGUGUGUAGCUAAGGCAUCAGUUCCAGAUCCAAUCAUCGAAGAGGCCAUGAAUUAUGCCUGUUGGUCAGGAGCAGACUGCAGUUCGAUUCAGCCGAACGGGCCUUGCUUUCAGCCCGACAGUGUAUUUGCACAUGCUUCCUAUGCCUUCAAUAGUUACUGGCAAAGGACGAAAGCUUCUGGUGGCACUUGCGAGUUUGGAGGGACAGCCGUAUUAGUUUCAGUUGACCCUAGCUACGACGGAUGUCACUUCAUCUAUAACUAACUGAUCAAGGAGCUAAGAAAGCCACUUUUGGAACCAACCACAACCAAUGCUUGAAGAGUGAAGACAAUCUUUUUUUCAUAACUCCCUCUUUUUCUUGUGGCAAUAUGUUAUCUCAUCUACACAAGCAGAUUUUGUAUUUUGCAACGUAGUGUAGAAUAAUACAGAUGAUUGAUUUCUAGCUUAUUAUUGCCUUUAUCUAGCUAAAUUAACUCCUUUAUAGUACCCAAAGAGGAAAAGAAAAGUCACAAAUAUUCAAUUAACCUCCUCUCCUUCUCUA